UUCAACCAAUGGUCUUCUUCUUCCUCUCCACUUCUUCCUUCAUGUUCUCCAUCAUCUUCUCUAUGUUUUCAUUUUUUCCCCCAAUCUUCUUCCUUCUCUUCUAGUAGAGGGCUAGGAAUUGAAGGUUUUUGUCUCAAACUCAAUAGGUGAGCAAAGCAGAGAAACAAUGGAGGUUCCAAAGAAGUCUCAUGCUGCGAACAGGUUGACGGAUGAUAUACUGAUCAACAUCCUCAUUCGGUUACCUCCCAAAUCUUUAUGCAAGUUCAUGGUAAUCUCCAAAGCAUGGCACUUUCUCAUUUCUGAUGCUUACUUCCGAGCUCUGCUUCCACCAACCAUGGCCGGUCUCUUCUACCAUUUCAGAUAUCUAGAUCCCAACAAUGGUUACUAUAAGAUCAACAAUGACUACAUCUCCAUACCAAGCUGCAACCAUGGCUUCAUGGACACCACCCUCAGCUUCCUUCCUUAUCUUGGUAACUUCCAAAUCCUAGACUCCUGCAAUGGUUUGCUCUUUUGCCGGCUUCGGGGUUCACCGUCUUCCGAUAUCUUUGUCUGCAAUCCUGUGGCUCGAAGCUGGACUUUACUUACUAAUAUAAAGCUACCCCACUUCAACUCUCUAUUCCUAGUUUUUGAUCCGAAGUUUUCUCUUCACUUCAAACUAGUUAGAAUCCAAACGAACAGAGGAUCUUCAUGUCUUGAGCUGGAGAAGUUCUCUUCUCAAACUGGCAGCUGGGAAAAGUUUCAAGUGCCUACUGAACCUGAUAUCAGCUUUCUCCGACACCGUCGAAGAGUUUACUUGAAUGGCAUAAUUCAUAUGGUUGCUGGUAGGAAACAUAUGGUUGCCAUUGAUCUUGACAGCAUGGUUUGUAGGAGGAUUGAGAUGCCUGUGAUCACACCACUGAUAAGGAAUGGAUUACUUGGGAAUUCAACAGGGAGCUUGCAUUAUGCUGAUAAGAGAAAUAACAAAGAGAUGAACAUUUGGAUGCUGAAGGAUUAUGAGAGUGGUGAAUGGGUGUUGAAGCAUAGUGUUGUUCUGGAGGUUGGGUUUAAUGUUGUGGCUUUUCAUCCAGAGAUGGAUAUUGUUUUCCUGAGAAUGCUCAAUAAGAUCAUGUCUUACAAGAUGAGCAAUGGUGAGUUGGAGGAGGUUUGUGAAAUGAGGCAGAGGAGCAUGCAAUGGUUCUUUGUUUUCUCUCCCUUUUUUGGUGAGGAUGUUUUGGAGAAUAAAUUUGGUCCUUGAUUGUGUCUUUAUUUUGUGUAUGUAUUUGUUGGACACAUUGCAUUUCUUUUGUGCCUCUGGUUUUAUUUUUCUACUGUAUGUAGCCUUGUUUCAGACUUGUUCAUUAAUAAUUUUGUGUGUUUAUGAAGAGUUUUA